CCCCACCACCAUGGCACUCCCGACGAUAUACGUCAUCACAGUGGCGGUUACAGCUGUGACCUUGGGGAUCAUCUGUCUUCUCGUUGCCCCUCGGCUUCUCCGACGAUUUGUCCCGAAGUAUGCCGAGCUGCCGAUCAGCACGCGAGUGGAGUUCGACACGAGAGUGAUGUCUGUCUGUCACUCCACUGUUGUUGGUCUACUGUCCAUAUUUGCCGCCCUUGACGUAGACUCUACCAAACCAGAUAUUAUAAGAUAUGAUUCGUUUCUGGUGAAACUCAACUGCGCCAUUGUUGUGGGAUACAUGGUAAUUGACACGCUGCUGCUGUGCCUCUUUUGGAAGCACAAGGGAAGUGUGCUGUUCUUAUUCCACCACAUCGUGGCCACCUGGGUCCUGCUGACCUUUCUGGUCUACAACAAUCUGCCGUACUUUGCCAACUCUCUGCUCAUUAUGGAAGUGGCGAAUCCUUUUAUGCAUUUGAGAUGGAUGAUGGGGAGACUGGAGACCCCGAAGACUUCUCUGAUAUACGCCGUGAACCAGUUAACCGUGACGGUUUUGUUCUUUCUGUUCCGGCUUGCCAACGCCGUUUUGUACUGGAAGUACACUUACGUCAUUCUGCAAAAGGAAGAGUAUUAUGGGCUAGAGCUCACCACCAUAUUUGGGCAUCUACUUGGUGGGGUGAUCUUUCACCUGAUGAACGUUUACUGGUUUUGGAAGAUCUGGAAAGGAACAGUCAAGAUGGCAAAACACUUUCUGGCCGUCCAAAAGAAGUUGACUUAGCGAUCCUUUGAAUUUUAUUCCUUCUAAAAAUGAGUUAAUUCGUUUGAUUUUUCACAUCCAGUUUUAAAUUUUUAUGAGGUGAGAGAAACAAGAGGAAUGUUGAUUUUAGUUCUAUCUUACUGUGUAUAUACAAUUUAGGAAAUAAAUAUGUUAAAUGUUAUGUAUGAUUAAGGAUG